AUGCGCGUCUUUCUUAUCCAGACCGCAAAGGGUCUUUUCUCCUCUUCAGGCGGUUAUAAGGCUAAUCACGCGCUGUUGCGCUACCUCGCGUCCAGAGGCCACUGUGUCCGCCAGCUCUGCUACUCGUAUCGAGGCGAGGUAGAGAGCUAUAUGGAUAGAAGCGACGAGGUUGAUACGCGAUUCCGUAAGGGAGUUUUCCACAUGAGGUCAGACAGCGACAAGCCCGGACAAGAUGUGCAGGUGCACGAACUGUGUAUGGAAGACGGUGUCGAGACGCUGGCUCUCGACAGCGAGGGCUUUGACGCUGCGUUUGGCGGCAAGGUAGAGUCACCGAACCAGCUGGCCAGGAUGUCAGCCGAGUAUAUCGAGAAUGGAACGUCUUCAGCACCACUCAUGGAUUUCAUCUCCUUCCUCCAAGAAGAGAUCAGACGUUUUUCUCCGACGCACAUUAUUUCCAAUGACGGCCUAUCCAUGAAAGCUAGUCUCGCCCCAGAACUGGCGCACCUAACCAUGUCUCGUAUAGCAGUUGUGCAUACAGCCGAGCAACUUCCUUUCGGCCCCUUUGCUGGCGGCUUGCCCGGUCAUUCGAGUACAACGCGGGAAGCAGAUCUUUUCCAGCAGCUCGACGGGAUAUGGAGCGUGUCUGAGACGAUACGCAAGUAUGCACUUGAACACGGCCAGUUGGAAACGCGCUUCUUGGUACAUCAUCCCUGGACGUAUAUGGGCGGGAAAGACCAUGUCAUCCCAGAUCGGGUCUUUAACUGGGACAAGAAGUUCGUUGGUAUGAUAAACCCCUGUCCGGUAAAGGGUGCGAGCAUACUGGUCAAUCUGGCAAGGAAGUGCCCGCAGUUGGAGUUUCUGACCUACAUGAGUUGGGGCGCCGACGAUGCAACUGUAAAAGAGAUCAAAGAAUUGUCUAACAUGACUGUCCGUCCGUGCUGUGCAGUAGAAAAAGAUCUCUGGCGCGAUAUCAAAGUCCUUGUCGUCCCGUCGCUCUGGUGCGAGGCCUGGGGCAUGGUGGUGGUUGAGGCUCACCUCCGGGGCAUUCCAGUUGUGUCAUCAAAUGCAGGUGCGCUCUCUGAGUCUAUGCUUGGACUGGAUUAUAUCAUGCCGGUGACUCCCAUAACUGGAGAGCGCGACGCGUCGGGACGAUACACGAUACCCGAGCAGGAUGUAGUACCGUGGGUCAAGGUUAUCACCAAGCUUAUGCAGGAUCGGUCUGAGUAUGAGAGGGUUUCGGCUACUGUGCGGGACGCAACAAUUAAGUGGUUGAAAGGUAACAGCGAGGCGGAUAUCGAGACAUGGUUGAUGAGUAUGAGAACGGGGUCUAAGAUUUGA